UGUAACCGACACAACAACUGCUGUUGGAUCGACGACAAGUACAUCUCCAUAUCCUUCAUCUAGUACAACUACUACGGCAGGGCCUACUACCGCCACUGAUAUGACAUCAACGAGCUCUACUAUAACAAGUGCUUCAUCAACAUCAACAUCAACAGCUUCACCCGCUACUACAGUAACUACAGUUUUGACCACAACUACUCCAACAACAUCAGAUACGACAACACCAGAUCCGACAACGAGUGUGUCUAGUACAUCAACUUCCGCCACAACCAGCACUACAGGAACAGGAAGUUCGACAACGGCGCAAACAACGACUACAACAUCAAUUACUAGUUCCACUCCGCCAGCAGUAACCACAACUAGUGUGGCACCCACAACCACUCCGAGAAAUCUCUGUUAUUGUGCAUGUAAUGAAACGUUUCAACAAUUGAAUAUAACAACAGAGGAGUUGAAGGAGAAAAUAGAAGAACUACAGAAAAAGUUGUCUGUUAAUGUGUCAGAAUUGUCGUCAACAAUUAGGAAGUUGACCAGCGCAAAAGACAGCAGACCAUCCGCCGUAAGCAUCGGGGUUUUAGGCAUAAGCGUCCUUGCUGUGAUGUUCGGAUCCAUUUUGUUUAUUGACUCUUCUAUGUUGUUUCGAGACCUUAAAGCACUCUAUAGUAACAUCAAAAAUGGAUUGUUUUCAAAGCGUCAAACAUCUCCACAAACAGAGUAAACUUUAUGUUUUAUUUUGUUUUAUACUGCUUAUCAUUUUCAGGCAAUAUAAAUAAUUAUGUCAAA